AGCAUGCGUUUCUGUUGUGCGUUCAUCUCCAGUUAGCUCUAGCAGUAAUUGUGUAAUUAUUUCUCCCCACCACAGUUUCAGUAAUCCUGCAGCUCUAUAAGGAACAUGGCGGAUCCGAAUUAUUCUCUGAAAGUGAACAGAGAGCUGCUGGAUCCCAACUUUGAAAGUUACAGACUCUCACUUGACUCAAUCCCAUGCUAUAGUGUAGAGCUGGAUGCAGCAGUGGCCGAGGUGAAACUGAAAGAUAGUCAGUACACUCUGGACCACAUGAAGGCAUUCGGCAUGUACAAUUACCUCCACGCUGAUCCCUGGUAUGAAGAGAGCGUUUACUUUAUUGACUGCAAGGGAAGAGUGCUCAGUUUAAAGGUCACAUUGGACACGGCACUGGGGAAACCUCGAGAGGUGUUUCGGAUGACCUCUGAGCCCAGCUCACUCGAGGGUGAAAGGCUUUGCGCAUCUCUGAGUCUGACCUCUGCUACCUGGGCCGCCCUCUCAGAUGGUGCUGGAACGCUGACCCUGUUACGCACCGGCAACAGAGGAGAGAGCGCUCACCUCAAGUGGGAACCCAUGUUCAGCGAGUCUCUCGGGGAGCCUUUCACCAUCCUGAACAGUGUUUCCCAUGUUCAGGCAGAAGUUCAUAUGAUUGAGCUUCUGCUGCUACGUAUCCAAAAAGAUCCAGAUGAUACCAAAGGCAGCGGCUUUUCCACCACACUGGAGUGGGUUACUGUCGACAAUUCUGCUGGUCAAGAAAAGAGGUAUGAAGUGAGGAAAAGAAGGUUGAUGAAGGGCAGAUCAGUGCCUCACUAUGCCGCUGUGGAGCCUCAGGGGAAAGGCGUGAUGGUGGCAUCAGAAAAACCCUUCACCUUUACACAGGUGGAUGGCGUUCCACUGGAGGACUCAUCACCUGUAGACAUGGAGGUGGAAAACACAGAGCCCAUCUACUUUUGGCAGCAGACGGAAGAAGACGUCACAGUGUGCAUCCGUUUACCUGAGGGCACAACGAAAGAUGACAUCUGCUUCAAGCUGUCGGUAGACGGUGUGUGUGUUGGUGUGAGAGACUAUACCCCUCUGUUGCAGGGUCAGCUUUUUGCCCCUGUGGACCCUGAGGCCAGUGUCUGGACCAUUAAAGAUGACAAGAGUCUGGAGUUAAAUCUGCAAAAGCGCAGCGAGGGGCCGCUCUGGUCUGAGCUGGUUCUGGGUGAUAAGAGAGGACAGUACAUCGUGGAUGAGGAACAGGCUGCACAGCUCCAUCAGAGACUUGCUUACCUCACUGCUGAAGAACUGAAUGCUAACCCGGAGAAAGAUAAGCCUCCGUGUAAUGCUCAGGAACUGGAGGACUGCGAUGGCUUUCCAGAUGAUAGUUCGACACUAAUGCGGUUUGAUGGUGCCACCUUGAAGCCCACCCAUGUGGUGAACCUCGGUAGCCACCAGUACCUUUUCACCGUAGACAUAAAUCCAUCUGAAAUGCCGUCUUUCUGUCUGCGGCAUGAUGUCGAUGCCUUGCUGUGGCAGCCGCGUCCUGAGCAGCCCGAUGCCUUGUGGGAACACAUCGCUACCUUCAACGCACUCGGUUAUGUUCAGGCUUCAAAGAGGGAUAAAAAGUUUGCGACAUGCGCCCCCAAUUUCUCGUAUGCGGCUCUGGCAGAGUGUGUGAGGCGAGUUUUCAUUUACCGGCAGCCAUCAGCUGUGGACACGGUGCUCUUUAAUCGCAAACAAGGCCGCCAGAUUGGCCAGAUUGCAAAGCAACAGGUAGCCAGUCUGGAGUCGAAUGACCCUGUGCUGGGCUUCAGGGCUACUAAUGAGAGACUGUUUAUUUUAACAUCCAAAAAUAUGUUCAUCCUUAAGGUCAAUAACUAAAGAAAUGGAUGGAGGAGAAUGAAUGUUUGAAUGAAUCAAGUGUACCUGUUUUCCACUUAAGCUCAAUAAAUAAACAGUGUUCAGAUGUUGCUUUUGCACUGGAGCUGCUUGUGAGCUAAUGAAAUAGACGAACAAUAAUUAAUAUCCAUGCAAAUGUUUAACUAUAAAUAUAUUCAUUUCUACAUGGUUUCAUCAUUAGUACCUGUGUUUAUCCUCACUACAUGGGUUUGAUGAUUGAUUUUUGCUAUAAAAGAAAAUGUCUCAUGUUUAAAAUGGUUACCUUGUUCAACAAUGCGAUGUGAUUUUAUUCAUUUGUACAUCACACAUGCAGAGCAAGGGAUUUUAAUGGAUUGAAAAAUACUGUAGAAAGAAUGAGAAGUGUCUGGGGAAAAAAAUGGCUGUUGCUCAGCAACUUCAGUUUUUUUUUUUUUCUUGACAUGAACCAUUACAACUUGUUUUGUGGCUUGUUGCAAAAAAAAAAUCUGUGCAUUUAUGCAAUUUAUUAACCUGAAGGGAAGGCAACAUGGUGAGAAAUACACGUUUUGGGUUUGGGUUUUUUUUUUCAGGCUCCAUAGAUUUUUUAUUUUUUUUUCCUUUCCAUUUCAUUACCUUCUCAAUGUUUAAAGAUGACUGAGAAGUAUGUUUUAUUCUUUGCUGCAUGUCUCAUCUGUUCAGAGUCACUAUUAUCAAAAGUGCUACCAUGAAGUGGAUUGAGAAAUUAAAAUGUCACACUUGUUACCAUUUGAUCGUGAUAUUUGCUGAUCCAGACUUUUGCGAGUAAGGAUUUUUACCCUUGAUUGACAGGGUUUCAAGAAACUGUGAUAAUUUUGGCAUGUAGAUUUCAUAAUUGUUGGUAAUAUUUUAUAUUAUUCUAUCCACAUUCACUGGAUAUGAGCAAUCGUGUGCUCUGAUUGGCUACUCUACGACUAGGAUAUCAGCUCCUAUGGAGCACUUGCAUGUGACGUCACAGCCGAUCCAGAUUGUGACAGACGCCAUCUUGUCGGUCAAACGCCAUAUUCCGCCUUCUACUUCUGGUUCUACUUCUGCUUUUACUUCUACCUUUUCUUCUGGAAAACCCUACUAUAUACAAUUCUACUACAACGGCUGCGGCUACAAGCUCUCCCUACCUGUGCACGUUUUUUGUGUGUAUUUUUGCGUGUUGUUCGUCUGUACUGGACUUCAAUAUCCACUACAACCGUAUGGACUUACUGGACAUUGGUUUCCAGCAGAAAAUGACGGUUUAUCGCAUGCACAACGUUCCGGACGAGAAAAAAAAAAAUUCCGGACGAGAUAGCAAGACCAGCGGGGUCUCCGUGGAUUGUUAUCGGAAGCAAAGCGAAGGAGGCGGUGCCGGGAGCGGAAGCAAAAGCGAGGCUACAGAGCCAGCCUGUUGACUAAGCUCAGAAAACAGCUACUCAAAUCUCCACUGCCAAGCCUCUACCUCUCCAACGCCAGAUCCAUGUAAACAAGACGGACGAUUUGGAAUUACCUUAUUCUAUUCUAUAAUCGGCUGGUCAGUGCUAUACUCAAUACUUAAGUGACUUACCCAUCCAAUGAGGAUUCUUGUUUACAAGAUGCCACAUCUGAGUCGCUGACAAAUCCUGAAUUUCUGUAAAGAUAACUGUCCAGAGAUUUAUAGGCACGCAGUGCUUCACCACUGAACAGCGAGGGAAAGUUAAUGAGGUAAUUAUACACGUCCGGGUAUUCCGCUGAUGGUUCAAAAUCCGGUCGUGAAAACUCCGUCCGGUAAGCCAUAAGGGUCACAAAUCUGUAGAUCGUUUAUUUUAGACAUAUAUCUAGUUAUCUGUUCAUUAGAAAAAUGAGCCGUGUAGUCCGUCGGUUGAAAUUGAUCCAUUCUGUACACAAGUGCAGCCGUGUUUUUGACCGACAAGUUGGCGGUUGUGUACUUUCCGGUCACGUGACUGCAAGAUCUCUAUACCGUGAGUAGAGAAAAACAAAAUGGCGGACCGUGUUGCUGAUCCAACCCAGGAUGAAAUAAAAACUACUCGAAAACAAAACCCCCAAAAAUAAAAAGGCAACAAAAUAUGUAAUAAAAGUAUUUGAUGGUAUGAACUUUUUUUUUCAAGAAUUAUUAUUGCAUUUUUCACAAAUUGCUACUGUGAUUUCACCGGUUUCUUUACAUUCUAAGCGGAAAUGAUUUUGUCGGACGUUUUGUAUAAAGUUUUUAUUUAUUGAAUUUGCAAAAAAUAACCAAAGAAAUGCUCUGUUUCUCAAAAUCCAGUGAAUGUGGAUAGAAUAAAACAGUUAUUCCACUCGAUCUCAUCGUACAUGGCUUAUAGCCAAUCGGCUGUCCGCUCAUGUACGACUCGAUUUCGUGAAAUAACUGUUAAAUAUAAUACUUGUUAGUGACAUUAGCCUUAUAACUCCAGUGCAAAAUUUAGGCGCCAUAUAUUAUUAGCAGAUAAUAAUUAGCUAAAUUGAUGUAAGUGGAAAACUUCUCUACCCAAGCCAUUCCUUUAAAUAGUGUUUCAGUCAAUUGUCCUAUGACUGUACAACUCAUGGGUUGCUAAGUUGAAGAAGAAGAAGAACAACAACUUUAUUCAUCACAUGCUUGUGAAAUUCUUCUCUGCAUUUAACCCAUCUGAAGCAAUGAGCGCACACACAUACCCAGAGCAGUGGGCAACCAUGCUAAGAGCGCCCGGGGAGCAGUUGGGAGUUAGGUGCCUCGCUCAAGGGCACCUCAGCCCAAAGCCGUCCCAUAUUAACCUAACCGCAUGUCUUUGGACUGUGGGGGAAACCGGAGCACCCGGAGGAAACCCAUGCAGACACGGGGAGAACAUGCAAACUCCACACAGAAAGGCCCCCGCUGGCCACUGGGCUCAAACCCAGAACCUUCUUGCUGUGAGGUGACCGUGCUAACCACUACACCACCGUGCCACCCACAUUAAAAUUUAAAUUAUAUACGUGUGUGUGGUUUUUUUUGUCAUUUUGUAAAAAAAAAUUAAAUAAAUAAUCUGCUUCUCCAGCAAUAAAAUUAAAGACAUGAAUAUCACCUUCUGAAA